CAUUACCUGCGUGACGUCAUCCAUGUAGCCGCAGCAUAGCGACCGAGCUUGUUCGGGUACAGAAGGAGAACCGCAACCGUUUCAAAGCCGGAGGGACAAGAAUUAUAAUAAAAACACAUAAAAUCUCUGGAACAAAUACGCGACUUUUCUGAGGAAGAUUCAUUUAGCAAACCUGGUGGAUAUUUUUCAAAGAAACACCGAGCAACCUGGAAUAUAAUUCGCUAGUUAACUGUUUUCGGAGCUACACAGCUAACUAAGCUAACUAGGCUAACUAGGCUAAACAUGGAGGGUAGAAACUGAGCCAAAAAAACCGAAGGUACUUGAGAGGUUUCUUCAGAGACACGAGCUCUAAAUGUUGUAUUAACAUAAAUAUAAGAUAUUUUAAUAUUUGUCUGUUGUUUAGUCGAGUUCAGUUGUUACCUUUUAACUUGUCUGGUUAGCCUGCUAAGUUCUCACAUAUUCACGCGCGCGUAUUAUGAACGAUAUUUUACCCGAUUUGAUUCUAGUAAGAAUAAAAAUAAUAGUGACGAUAAAACCACUGAUGCACGGUUGUAUAAAUUUCGCAACGUUUUGACUAAUAAAAUGCAGUGGAGAAGAAAUGUUCCUGUGAUGCUCCUGGUCGUCUGUGAAAGAAACUAAACUAUAAGGAAUAAUAAUCAUAAGGUCAUUAAACAAUAAGUAAUUUAAUAGUAAUAAUAAUAAUAAUAAUAAUAAUAAUAAGGCUCAGUGAUGGAAGGUCGGGAAAAUCUCGGACACGUCGCGAUGCUUGCGGUUUUUUAAUGGCACUUUGGGCGUUGGAUGUGGAGCCCCGACACCCUGAAAACAACCCACAUGGUUCUAAUCGUUUUAGAAGAUCUAUUACAUGGAGACUAGUUGGUCAUGCCGAGGAAGGAGUUACCGUUGCCAGAAGGUUGGGAAGAAGCCCGAGAUUUUGACGGGAAGGUCUACUACAUUGACCACAUCAACCAGACCACCAGCUGGAUCGACCCCAGGGACAGGCACACAAAGCCCCUGACCUUCGCGGAUUGUAUCGGAGAUGAGUUGCCUUUGGGAUGGGAGGAAGCGUACGACCCGCAAGUCGGCGCCUAUUACGUCGACCAUAACACGAAGAGCACUCAGCUGGAGGACCCGCGGGUGCAGUGGCAGCGGGAGCAGGAGCUCAUGCUGCGCGAGUACCUCGACGUAGCCAAGGAAGCGCUGAGCGCUCAGAAGGAGAUUUACCAGGUCAAAGAGGAGCGCCUUCGUCUGGCACAGCAACAGUACAAGCAGCUCAACGACGCCUGGAGGGACAAGUCUUCGUCACAGACCAGCUUAAAUUCCAGAUCUUCAUCAAGCAGUAAAUAUGACCCUGAGAUCCUCAAGGCGGAGAUCGUGACCGCUAAGAGUCGGGUGAGUAAGCUGAAGAGAGAUCUGGCCUGCAUGAGGCAGGAGCUGCUUUAUAAAGAGCAGGGCUUUGAAACACUGAAAGAAAUCGAUCACAAGUUGGCGAGCGCUUCGUACGGAUACAAGCAGCACGAGGCACAAGCCAUCUUGACGGAGGUCAGGACUAUUAAAGAUGCCAUCAGCUCCGGGGAAAGAGAAAAGCAGGAGCUCAUGCAGAAACUGGCUGUGCUGAAAGACGGCUUCCAUUUGGAUUACAGCUCUCAGACCGAGCUCUGGGCCAGUAACCCCUCACUGGCCAACUCGAACCUGUCGCUGCCUCGCCUCUAUUCCGAUGCCGAGUCCCAGACGGACAUACCCUCCGAGAUGGGUUUGUUCUCCAACAAGCUGGCGGAGAAGGUACGACUGAGCCUGAAAUACGAAGAGGCGAAAAGGAGGAUCGCUAACAUUAAAGUCCAGAUAGCCAAGUUGGACAGCGAGUCAUGGCCCGGUUUGCUGGAUCCCGAGCGAGACAGGCUCAUACUCAUCAACGAGAAAGAAGAGCUGCUGAAGGAGCUGCAAUACGUCAAACCAUGCAAGCGUGCUCCCAGCGACGCCGAGAAGAUCGAAACGGAAAAAAAGCGUCUGGAGCAGGACCUGCAGGCGGCACGCGACAGCCAGAGCAAAGCUCUCACAGAAAGGUUGACGUUACAUUGUAAGAGGAACAAAUUGGUGAAGGAGCUGGAGGACGUCGUGAGGCAGGCUUCCUCUCUGCACACCCAGCUGAAGAGUCUGUCAGCUAGCACGCUGUCCUGCUCGUCGGGCAGCAGCCGAGGAUCUCUGACGUCCAGCCGCGGCUCGUUGGCCGCCUCCAGCCUCGGCUCGCUGUCGUCUCUCAGCUUCACCGAUGCUUACUUGGAGCACCAGAACGAGCUGAGCGACCCGGAUUUACAGGUCAAAUUGGACUCUCUGCUCCAUGAGGGCACCUCCUCUACAUACAGGCCCUCCAGCUCUAUUCCCACCAUCCACGAGAACGAGGUGACGGCCGGGCCGGCUGUGAGCGGCUCGGGUCAGGGCGCAGGGCUACGCACUCACGCGCUACGUCUAUCCGAAACACCUCGCUCUAUGAGCUCGCUGUCUCCACGCUCAUCGCUCUCGUCUCUCUCUCCGCCCUGCUCGCCUCUCGUCCCUGAUGCCUCGUCGCUGGCCGGAGAGGCUUUUUCGGGUUCGGCUUCCCAGCUCGACCUGGAGCUGCAGUCCCGGCUCAGCGAGCUCAGCCUGCAGGGAGACGCUAAGCAGGAUGCCAAUAAAGAUCUCGAUUCCCAAACAAGGGUCUUGGGGUCCGGCUCGAAGAAAGUGGGCGUGACGUCAGCCGUGUCAGAUGAAUCGGUUGCGGGAGACAGCGGCGUGUACGAGGCUUCGGAGAAAAGGCCUGGAGUCCCCGCCGAGCAGCUGUUGGGUGAUGAAGACGGGGGAUUAGUCAGCUGCGCUCAGAUCAGACUGGGACUGAAGUACGAGGCUAAAGAGAAUCGCUUUGCCAUCUUCGUCAUGCAGCUGACCAACUGCAGCACGCUGUCUGUUCCUGCCAGCCACAACAUGUACGUUCGGCUGGUAGUGCUGCCCUGUCCAGAGGCUACUCGCUGCCUGUUCCGCACACGCAGCUCACAGGCUCACGACACGCUGGAGCUCAACGAGGUGUUUGUCGUUCAGCUUUCGCCCACCGCCUUCAGACAGAAAACCCUCCGCAUCGACGUCUGCUCCACUACCAAGUCCAGAGCAGAGGAGUGUCUGGCUGGAGCUCAAAUCAGUUUGGCUGACAUGGAGUGUACGGAGGAGUGGUGUACAAAGUGGUACAACCUCCUCAACUACAUGCUCAUUGCGGACAUGAACAGCAAGAACAAAGAGCUCAAGGUUCCCACACUGUCUGACGAGGCAAGAGAUCCAUCCACAGAACUCCAAGCAACUAACAUGAAGAUGGUAGAGACCGACUGGCAAAUGGAGGCUCUGGAGAGCGACGUGUUCGUGGACGGAGCGGGCAGCGAUGUGGAAGGGGAGGAGUUUAACUCUGAAGGCUGUCAGUGGGAAGCAGAGGAGGAGGAUGAGGAGAAGCAAGUGACGUCAUCCAAGCUUCCUACAGCAGCAGCAGCAGCUAUCCCCGAAAAGGUGAAUAAAGAGACGAGUAUGGAGGGCCACCUUCAUUCCACCUCCGUGGUUCGACCCAAAGAGCGCCGGCUCGAGCUGAACCAACAGAACCCUUUUGUCAGGGGAAACACUAUAAUUCGCUCCAAGACGUUUUCUCCUGGUCCACAGAGCCAGUAUAUCUGCAGGAUCAACCGCAGUGACAGCGACAGCUCCACUUUGUCCAAGAAGUCUCCUUUCGUCCGAAACGCCUCAGAGAGGCGCAGCGUCCGUAUCAAAAAGCCUCCAAUGCAGAUGCGGGGUUCAGACGGCAUGAUGCGGACUCCUCUGGACCUGGAACUGGAGCUGCAGGCGUCUCGGACACGCCACAGCCGCCUGAACGAGGACCUGCGAGUGCUGCGGCAGCUGAAGGAGCAGAUGGAGAGUGCGAGGCAGCAAGGCCAGCGUAGCCUUCCCGCCUGGGUGCAAGAGGACGAACGCUUCCGACUGCUGCUCAAGCAGGCCGAGAAACAGACUCAGGAGGAGCAGCUGCAGGAACAGAGAGUGGAGAAGAUGAUGCGAGCGGCAGCUAAGGAGGUGCACAAGAUCCGAGGGCAGAGUCGCAAAGAAGGUCCCGAAGUCCAGUCCUUCAGAGAAAAGAUGGCUUUUUUCACGCGAGUAAAGAUAAACGUUCCUGACCUACCAGCCGACGACGUAUAGACAACAAGCCUGAGUCUUAACAGCUUUUUCACUGAAGAAGAACCUGACCUCUGGUGGAAUUAUGAAGAACGGAGAAAGAUUAUUGCAGAAAAUUACAUGUAUUUUCAGUAGGAAAAUGUCCAUUUAAAAAAACAAAAAAAAAGAAAGAAAGAAAACACUGGGUUUUAGCUCUCAGUUGAAAAUCUGUAGAUUGUCUCCUUUUUUUUUUUUUUUUAAUUGUACCAACAACCACAUUUUUUCUCUCUCUAGCAAUAUUUUUUUCUCUUACUACUAAUAAUUGUAUAUUGUUAUCUUACUAGUUUUUUUUUAUUUUUUUUAUUUUGAUAGUCGAUCAUUCCAAAACAUUGUCGUGUUGUUUUUAAAUAACACGAGUAGACGGGGAAAAAAGGAGAAGAGUCGGUUUUCUGUGAUUCUGUUAUCUGAAUGCAGAUCCUUACGGUACUUUUUAUGAUCGAUAGCACAAGGGUUUGGAAAUCGCUGUUUGUCGGUUUGGGUACGUUAACUAAACGCGAGCAAAGACGUAAACGCGUACGUCGGCGGCGUCUCGCUACGAGCGGGGACGCGUUCAAUCGUGCGCUUUCGACAAAUUAGGACCGGCGCAUUCUUUUUUUUUUUUUUUUAAUAAAACUUUAACACUAUUUACAAAAGGAAAGAUUAGCUAAAUCUAGCAUCAAACAUACACACUAACGGUAGCCAACAUCGGUUUUAAUGUUUAGCUAUAGCUGAGCGCUAAAUAGCUCUAACUCAUGAUCGUCACUACUUGCUGGUUCUGAGCGUUUUGUUAUUUUUUUUUUUGUUUUUAAGAAGAAACCGUAUUUUGUUCACAAGGCACAUCACACGGCGCAGCGUCCAUCAUGCCAGCAAUUAUAUUUAAACUGCACUUAGUCGUCCCACAGCCUCUCAGGUAGAAUUUGGCUAGUUAAUGCACUUUAAUAGCUCAUAAUCAGAGAGUGAGGAAAGCAAUCACGGCACGUCGUAGCCAUCGAGCACAAACUCAUAAAAGAAGAAGGAAGCCUGAUGUAUGCUCUCUAUGACCUUGAAAUGAAUCGUGGGAGUUUGUCCUUAACCACGAUUUGCUGUAACGGAAAACACUUUUUUGUUUGUUUGAUUUUUUGGACUCCCAGGAUUUUUAACCACAUUUUUUUUUUAAUUUUGUUUUGAAGGCCAGAUUGCUUCUAAGACACUCUUUUCACAGUGCACCCUUAAAUUCUUAACGUUUGAAGUUUUCCGACACCUGACACUAACUCUUGAAGACCAAGAUGCCGGUUUCCUUCGAUCACCUGCGGUAUCGCAAGCCGUCGUACUCGUACUCGUCCGGUCCUCCCCUUUCCUGAAGUCCCGGUAAAAUGGAUCGCAGCAUUACAAGAGUUUAUGUGCUGCGUUCGACUUUUCUUGUGAAAAUCAAAAAUGUGAAAUUAGAAAUUGGAAAAUUCGGUGUUGUUUUUAACGCGAGUUACAAAGAACAAAUUUAGAAACAUGAACCCUGUCUCUAUGCUCUCGGUUUGAAUUUAGAGGUGCGUUUGGUGUUUCCUCGUCCACGGGUCUGAGAUUCGGUCGAAGGCAGCGUCUGAAAAUUUAGGACGAAAUCACUGUAGAAUGAAAGCGUCGUCAUUGUAACCACUAAAGCACGUCGAACGCACACCUCUGCUCCGUCUGAUACGCCUUAAACGACGGGGCCAGGACAAAACGAAUCGGCCGAACCGGAGAAACUGUAAAAGCGCAGUUUAAAUUUAGCCUUGAACAACGUGCCUUGAGCCCAACGAUCUCUCUGCGUUCUUCCAUUGCUUUGCACUUCAAGCUCAACAACAAAGCAAGCCCCGAUCGUCUCGUCAGCACCUUUCUGUUCCUAAUAACCGCACAUUCCGCACGUCACGCACACGAGAACAAAUCGAUUUAUCUAUAAAAGCUUUAUCUAUAACCAAAUCUCUCACCUUUUGCGUCGUCGUCUCCGUUAACUCACCACGCUACUUUCCGCAUCCUGUUCUAUCGAAAUCUUUCCCACGAUUAGAUCGAGUUCUAGCGCAUCGAGGCCCGGCAGCUCGGGAUCGCCGCGGUACAAAAAAAUGCCGGGAUAAAAAGAUAGAGGCUGUUUAUUUUCUUUGUUUAAGUUGAAGACUGGAAUCUGAAUGUAUUAAAAGCAAACCUUUUCCUUUAAACACCCUGCACUGUAUGUAGCCGAAUGUGAAUUGUUACAUGGGAACACUAAGAUAGUCCUAUUAUCUAUUCUACUGAACUGGAACUUGGUUCUGGAAGAACGCCACGCUACGCAGGACGUAAUCAAGACACGGGAUGAGAUUCACCACGCGCUUAUGGAACAUUCUGAUUGCUGUAAUCAUCCAAAUCAUGUAGGAAAGAAAAGAAAUCACAGUCAGCCACUGAUGCUGGAAGUCACGAACGAUUUGUUAUGGACGUAUAAUAGGAUUCCUGUGUGUCGUUGCAUUUGAUGUCUUUCGAUUUUUGUUUUAAAAUCCAGCAACGAUGGAAAAAGAACCGGGUCUUUCCACUAAAGGCGAAGCGAUUUAGAGAAACAGCAUGUAUUUAUUGCACUUUUGUGAUUUGGGUGUGCUUUUUUUUUUCUUUUCUUUCUUUUUUUUUUUUUUUUGGUCUUUUGUUUUUCCUUUCUUUGUGAGACUCAUGAAAGCUGUGAAUUUUUUUCCAUCGACACUGUACUGUCAACAAUAAAUUGUAAAUAUGUCACCAGCACAAGAACAUGUUUUGUAGUUUCACAACAAAUAUAUAUAUAAAAAAGGUUCUUUGCCCUAAAUCCCA